AUGGGUUCUUCCGGGACCUUCGAGCUCGCUGGCCAGCAGUUUCCCCGAGUGACAUGGUACAAGGAUCCUGGCAUGAGGAAGACGUACAUUUGCCUCAUGUUUGUCGUAUUGACUUCCGCCACGAACGGCUAUGAUGGGUCGAUGAUGAAUGGUCUCCAAACCUUGUACUACUGGAAAGACUACUUCCACAACCCCAGUGGCUCAAAACUUGGCAUCCUGAGUGCGAUUAUGUCUCUGGGCUCAUUGGCGGCGCUGCCUGCGGUGCCCUAUACGGCGGACUACCUUGGCCGGCGGAUGGGAGUUCUCAUCGGCUGCCUCAUCAUGAUUCUGGGCGUCGUCUUGCAGGCCAUCAGUGCCAACUAUGGCAUGUUCUUGGCAGCCCGGUUCUUGAUCGGGUUCGGAGUUGCCAUCGCGCAUGGUGCUUCACCCUUGCUGAUCACGGAGCUUGUACAUACCCAACAUCGUGCCGUCUUUACCACGAUCUACAAUACGACAUGGUACGUGGGCGCCAUUAUUGCCGCGUGGCUCACCUUCGGCACGAACAACAUUCAAAACAACUGGUCCUGGCGGGCACCCACGAUCGUUCAGGCUGCUCCAUCCAUCCUGCAGAUCAUCUUCAUCUGGUUUGUUCCGGAGUCUCCCCGGUUCCUGAUCUACAAGGGCAAACAUGAGCAGGCCCUGAAGGUCCUGGCGGACUGCCAUGCCAACGGCAACCAGGAGGACGAAGUUGUGCAGCUGGAGAUGCACGAAAUCAAGGAGACCAUCCGACUAGAGAAGGAGUACGAAAGCAACAGCUGGAUGGAGUUGAUUCGGACCAAAGGAAAUCGUCACCGUGUCAUCAUUUUGAUCACUGCAGGCCUAUUCUCGCAGUGGUCCGGCAACGGGUUGGUCUCGUACUACAUUGCGAAGAUCCUGAGCUCCAUUGGAUAUACCAAGUCCGUCGAGCAGAACCUGAUCAACGGCUGCCUCCAAAUCUUGAACUUCAUUGUCGCUCUGUCGAUGUGCUUUGUUGUGGACAAGGUCGGCCGGCGCCGGCUUUUCCUGAUCUCCACAGCCGGUAUGUUGGUCGCAUUUAUUAUCUGGACCAUCUGCUCGGCGCGGUAUGAAAUUGCUCAUAACCACGGGGCUGCCAACGCCGUCGUGGCGAUGAUCUAUAUCUACUAUGUCUUCUACAACGUCGCCUGGUCCGGCCUACUGGUUGGCUACACGGUUGAGAUUCUUCCCUACAGUAUCCGCGCCAAGGGCAUGACGGUGAUGUGGUUCUGCAUCGAUGCUGCACUUUUCUUCAAUCAAUACAUCAACCCCAUUGCCAUGGACAACCUGGGCUGGAAGUACUACAUCUUCUACUGCGUCUGGCUCGGGGUCGAGUUGACGGUCGUCUGGUUCUUCUACAUCGAGACCCGUAACACCCCCCUCGAGGAGAUUGCGAAGCACUUCGAUGGGGACCAGGCAGUGGUGGGAGGGGUGGCCGGAGUCGGAAAGGGAGGUAAUGAGAUCCACCACCUUGAGGAGACGUCCAAAGAGGGGGGUUUUGUCCGGGAGGUGCAUGUCUGAUCGAGGGAGGUGCAUGAUACUGUGCCUAAUACUGUCCCAAUAGGGCUGAUAAGCCUGCUAUCCUGAAAAAGGCCAUAGUGCAGUGCCAACUCGACCUGCGUGAGAUUCUCUUCUUUAGUGCCGUGUAGGCCGUGAGUUACUAGAUUGGCCAGUACGGACCACCUUGAUUCAUGGUGUUCCCCCAGCCU